AUGCAACUCCUCCAAACCCUCGUCAGCAUCGCUGCAUUCAGCACUCUCGCAUCCGCAACCCUCAAACCCGCUACCUCAAACACAAAAGGCUUCUACCCCAAAUCUCCAGCUUGCAAACCAAGCAAAAUCUCCUACGCCAUCCAAGCCGCCGAAUGCGCCCACAACACCCGUGUAGCCGGCACGCAAACCUUCGCCGUCUUCGAACAAGUCCACAAAUAUGAUGGCGCACACGGUGCUCCCUAUGGAACUUGUUCCGCUUAUACCUGUGCUGCGCCUGCGAAAUCACACUUGACGGCUGAGUCUGAUUAUUGGGUGUUUUAUUGGGGUAAUGAGGGGGUUAGUCCUGGUGUGGGCUCGACUUGUAUUAAGAGUCCUGUGGAUGGGACUUGUGGGUGUGAGAAUUCGGAUGUCUUCCUUACCUGA